GAUUUUACCUUAUAUAUAUAUAGAGACACACAUAUUACUAUGUAUACUUAUUAGGGCUAUAUGCUACACACCAGUCAAUAUAAAAAAGCUGCACACCUACUGCAACUACAAAAGAGCACACCCCAUUUUCCUUCUUUCUGUCCCCUACACAAAGCCCUUCGCCAAUUCCAAAGCCACCACCAAGAAGACAGUAAAAAAGGGUUAUUGGCUUCUUUUCAAAGAAAUAAAGCUAAAGAUGGGUGAGAGCAAUGAUGAUUUUGGCCUGAGUUUGAGCCUGGGAUUGCCGCCGCCGGCGACCACCAACGGCAAAAACGUCGGUAAUGGGUUUGAGCCGACAGCCCCCCGUUCUUUCCCGCUCAAUCUUCUCCACCCUCGCCUCCCUUUCAUGCAACACAGGAAUCUCCACUCUUCUUCUGAAAAUGGCGGGGGGAUAGAUAUAAACCAGCCAGUGACGGCGUCGGAGUACGACGACAAUGCGAUGGCGUCGUCGCCGCACAGCACGGCCUCGACGGUGACCGGGAAGCGAAGCGAGAGGGAGUACGAGACGGCGGCGGAGGCGGAGGCGGAGAUGGCCACCUCCUCCAUGGAGGAGGACGAUGCCGGAGACGACGCGGCGGCCGCCGCCGCCGCCAGGAAGAAGCUGCGGCUGAGCAAGGAACAGGCGGCGGUUCUUGAGGACACUUUCAGAGGCCACAACACGCUCAACCCGAAGCAAAAGGUGGCCUUGGCGAAACAGCUCAAUCUUAAGCCCAGACAAGUGGAGGUCUGGUUCCAGAACAGAAGGGCAAGGACGAAGCUGAAGCAGACAGAGAUAGAUUGCGAGUACUUGCGGCGGUGCUGCGAGCGGCUCGCCGACGAAAACCGGCGUUUACACAAGGAGGUCAACGACCUCCGGGCGCUGAAACUGUCGCCGCAGCUGUACAUGAACAUGAGCCCGCCCACCACCCUCAUCAUGUGCCCUCAGUGCCAGCGCGCGCCGCUCUCGUCUCCGCCGCCAACCUCCUCCACCUCCUCUUCAUGCGCGGCCACCAUGCCGCCCGCAGCCACCGUCCACCGCCACCAGCCGGCGCCGCCCGGGCUCAUUCAGUCAUGGACUGCCAUCCUCCAGCCUCAGCCGCACCGCCCCCAACUGUAAUUUUAAUUUGGCCCAUAUAUGCCCUUGUACCGUAGGGUGUUUACAUUUUUAAGGGCAGAGGAUUUUGGUUUUUUUGGGUGUAUGUUUAGGAGGGUAAUUUGGUCAGAAUUGAGUAGAGAGUUAUUUAUUGUUUUAGAUAUAUAUACCAUUGCCUAAUUGUGUUGAUAUCUUUGGCAUGUAAUUAAAUUGGGGAAAUGAAUAGAUUAUUAUAUAGUCUUUGCA